UAUUGACAUAAGAAAAGGUGAUAAGAAAAGAACAUAACCUCAAAUAUUGCACUGUGUUUUGAUGGAAAACGUGCAAAAUGUUUUUCGAUAAUUCCUCAGAUAGUGAUGAGCCAUCAAAUAUGCAUACUCUGCACAGUGUCAAACAUUCUUUAAUAAUAGAUUCCUGCAAAGAAAGCUUGUUUGAAGGAACUGACAGAACAGAUUCACCGGUUUUCGUAGAGCUUCCAUAUCCCAUACAUAAGCCUCUGAAAACCUCGGAAGAUUUGGUUUCCAAGAUGAUUAAAGAGAAGGAAAAAUACAAUAAGAUCGUACAUUCCAGGAAGCGCAGAUAUAUGAAGUAUGACAAAGUUCGUGUGAAUGAACAUGAGUACAGUGGACACAAAUAUAUGUACAUACCAAAGUAUGUAAUAGAUUACUAUGACGAAGAAGAACCUGAAGAUAUAUACAAGGGUGACUACAAUCAUUACUACACUGGUGGCAAUCUUGCACAUUUCCAACACAAUAACUUUGAUUACUUAGCCCGACCAGACCUCCACAACAACUUAUGUAUCAAUCGGGUGCCAAACAUGAAUGUUAUAGAUGAUGUUGUACAAACUAAUUAUACCUCUGAUAGUAUUAUUUACGGCAUACGAUCUGAAAAAACCAGUGAUGGACCGUAUUUAGUUUUAAGAGAAAAAAACAAAGUGACAGCUGUGAGAUGUGAUAACGUGGGUACAGUGACGAAAAAGUACAGUAGAGCGUACAAACAACCCAUCUUUGACGCUAUGAUAAGUGAAGACUUUAAAUUGGGAGUCGUUUUUUCCAAUAUGAAGUUCUCGGUUAGAGAUAUGGAGACUGAUACCUCACUUUAUAGUUUUAAGAACGAACUCGACACUGAUGUUGAUAACUUUCAGCAGUUUCGCUUUUUAGACAAUCAGACAGUGGUUCUAAUGAGUAGAAGCACAGUGCAUAUAUUAGAUGUACGGACGCAAAGUGUAAGUGGUAGUUUUAAGCCUAAAUUGUUACCUUGUAAUCCAAUGUACAACUUCGUGAUUAUCGGGAAUGACUUAAUAUUAGCAUCACGCCAUUAUUUGUAUAGAGCCGAUAUUCGGGACUUUGAAGACACUUCAUAUUACUCACAUUUCAUCAAAAAUGCUCCUUGUUAUAUAGAUUUUACUAUCAAAGGUUGUGAUACUUAUUUGACUGUGUGUGGACAAAGCUACGACAAUAGAGCAUUGUUUACAGGCGAUUCACCAUAUUCACUACCAUACGAUAUUCCUAAUUUGAAAGAAACUCUAGUGCAGACUAAAUUAAAACACCCACCUUUAGUGCUUCAAGAUUACUUAGAUCCUAAGGUAGAACACUGUCUAACAGGAUGCAAAAUUUUAACCGUUAAUGAAAACGUAUGCCUGUACACUUCUAACUGUUUCGGUGAAAUAUUUCAACAAAAUGUCUAUGAAGAACAACCUGAUACCUACGAACCUGUGACGAGGAUGUACGAGUGGUCAAAAACAGUUGAAAAUCCAAAAGCAACCCUUCAUGCCACCAAUUUUGAGCAAGUUUCUGAUAUCAAGUUCUCCUUAGACGCUCCCGUUGCCAAAGAAAAAUCAUCACAGAAGCAUCCUGCAAAGAACAAAGAAGAGAAAUUCCUGGAAAAAUUUGAAGAAAAAUACUCUACACAGAAUGUGAACAGUGAAUUCGCUAAGGAUUUUUUAAAUGUUUGGGAAGAUAGUGAAGAAGAGGUUGCAAUAGAGACCAUACCGAAAGAACAAUCUAGUCAAAGGACCAAAAAUUGGGUUGACCUACACAAUUUUGGACAUCCAGAUUUAGGACAACACAGCAAACAGUGAUAGUUUUAUGAAAUUUAAUAAACUAUUUAUAUUUUUGAUACACAUUUAAUAUAUAUUUGAUGGGA